UUGGGAGGGCGGACAAAAAUGUCUGGAGAGCAAAUACAGACCGCUAAACAACGACAGUCGAUAGCAGCAGGAUUUAUGCCGCUUCUUUAAGAUUUUCGAGCACAUCUCCGUGGAAUAUCAAAGCUGUUGAUAUCGUUUUGAAGCAUAUCUAAGGUGGCCUUCAGCACCUAGAGCAACACAUCUCUGAAGAAGACGAUACAAAUACAGAGUGAAGCUAAUGUUUUUUGCUCUCACCAAGAGCUGUUUUUCUCACUCUCCCUCACGAUCUCUCGUCCCAUCUGUUGGAGCACUUACGCCAAGGCUGUUUCAUAACCAGAAAUUCAUCUCUUGUCUGCACCACUUUGAGUGACACUUUUUCGCAAGAUAGUUAAAAGAUAAUUUGUCCUUUUGGAAGAGCAGCCUUUUUUGGAAGAUUUUGCUGCCAUUGACUUUUUGGAAACCCUCAAAGAAGGGCUCACAGCCCCAAACUCUAAUUUCACCGGUUUUUGGCAGGAGAUACUAUGAAUUUCUCACCUUAGUUCUUUUAACCAGAAGCCAGCAAAUAUGAUUCAUCUGUGGAAUCAUAGUAGUCCCACUUAAAUUGAAGUUGUUCCUGUUUUCUCCUCGGCUGACACCUUAUCAAGCUGUCCCAGCCUCAUCCUACUCUAGUAUGAGUUAUGACAACUCUAAAUCAAUGCCCAGCAGCAGCACUCGGGGGCGAGUGGCAAGGGCCGAUGAAAAAGACAAUGACCAGGAAGUGGAGUCAGAGGGGUUAAACUCUCCAAAGACCAGCGGUGGUCAGCCCAGUGCCAAUGUCUCGUCUCAGGACCAGGGAAGCGGAGCCUCCUCCGGCUCGUCUCCCAGCGGAGGAUCGGGAUCAGGACGUUUGUCCGGCGACCAAAGGGGUCCCAACUCAGAUGAUAUGGACGGCCUCUCCAGUGGGAACGACUCCGGGGAGAGGGAAAGCGAGGGCGGUAUGGAGAGGGAGAACGGGUCACGUGGGCGCCAGUCCAUACGCAGCUCCAACAGCUCGUCGAAUGGCAAGGACUCUGGCAUGAUGCUGGAAACCACAGAGAGCAACAAGAGCUCCAACUCCCAGAGCCUCUCACCUCCCAGCGGCUCCCUGGCCUACAGCUUGUUGUUGACCAACUCGGAGCAUGACCCCCCCUCCACCUCUGGCUGUAGCAGUGACCAGUCAGCGAGGGUCCAGACCCAGAAAGAGCUAAUGAAGGCCAUCAAGGAGCUGAAGCUCCGCCUGCCAGCUGAGCGCAAGGCCAAAGGCCACUCCAGCACUCUAAAUGCACUCAAAUAUGCACUUCAAUGUGUCAGACAAGUCCGAGCCAACAAAGAGUACUACCACCAGUGGAGUGUGGAGGAGUGUCAUGGCUGCAGUCUGGACUUGUCUACCUUCACAAUUGAGGAGCUUGAUAAUAUCACCUCAGAAUACACCCUCAAAAACACUGAUACAUUCUCCAUGGCCGUGUCUUUCCUGUCGGGGAAGGUCGUGUACGUAUCACCCCAGGGUUCGUCCCUGUUGCGCUGUAAGCCUGAGUAUCUCCAGGGGACCGUGUUUUCUGAGCUUUUGGCUCCACAGGAUGUCAGCACUUUCUACAGCGGCACAGCACCCUGCCGCCUGCCCCCCUGGGCGUCCUGCAUCGGUUCUGCCUCUCCUCCAGUCGAUUGCACCCAGGAGAAGUCCAUGUUCUGUCGGAUCAGCGCUGACCGUACGCAGGGCGGCGAGAUGCGCUACUACCCGUUCCGCCUCACGCCGUACCAGCUCACUCUUAGAGACUCCGAUGCUGCUGAGCCGCAACCCUGCUGCCUGCUCAUCGCAGAGAGGGUCCACUCUGGAUAUGAAGCUCCUCGUAUCCCUCCAGACAAGAGGAUCUUCACCACCAGUCACACUCCUAGUUGCCUCUUCCAGGAGGUGGACGAGAGGGCAGUGCCAUUGUUGGGCUACCUGCCUCAGGACUUGGUUGGAACCCCCAUCCUGCUCUACAUCCACCCUGAGGACAGGCCCAUGAUGGUGGCUAUACAUGAGAAGAUCUUUCAGUUUGCAGGGCAGCCGUUUGACUAUUCACCCAUGAGGAUGUGUGCCCGCAGCGGGGAGUAUGUGACCAUCGACACAAGCUGGUCAUCCUUUGUCAACCCCUGGAGCCGGAAGGUGGCGUUUGUUGUGGGGCGCCACAAAGUCAGAACGAGCCCUCUGAAUGAAGACGUGUUCACCACGCCACAGGGACGCGAGAGCCAGGUCACCACGCCUGACAUCGUCCAGCUGAGCGAGCGGAUCCACCGGCACCUUGUGCAGCCGGUGCACAGUGGCAGCUCUCAGGGCUACAGCUCGCUUGGGUCGAGCGGCUCACGGGGCUCCCACCGUUCACACCAACAGCACCUCAGUGCCUCAGCCGCCUCGUCCAGCGACAGCAACGGCCCCGCCAUGGAUGAGGCUGCCGCUGCCAUCGCUUUACACAAACCUAUGACGUUCCAGCAGAUCUGCAAAGACGUUCACAUGGUCAAGACUAAUGGACAGCAGGUUUUCAUCGAGUCCCGUAACCGGCCAUUGCCCAGAAAAAACACCAGCACAGGCACCACAAGCAUUCGAGCCCUCAACAGCGACCCAAUCAGAGGUUUGAUAGCAGACAUGACAAAACCACUCAAAGCAUUGGUCCCUGCACCGCUUGUACAGAAGGAACCCCCGACCGCCUACUCCUACCAGCAGAUCAACUGUCUGGACAGCAUCAUUAGGUACUUGGAGAGCUGCAACAUUCCUAACACAGUUAAAAGGAAGUGUGGCUCCUCUUCUUGCACCGCCUCCUCCACAUCUGAUGACGACAGACAGGAGGCCAGCGGCAACAACAAAGGUGGUUCAGUUAGCAUCGUAGGUGAACCACCUCCUCUGCCUCCUUUGACCAUGGCCACAAAGGCAGAAAGUGUAGCCUCAGUCACAUCCCAGUGUAGCUUCAGCAGCACCAUCGUGCAUGUGGGAGACAAGAAGCCUCCCGAGUCAGACAUCGUCAUGGAGGAGGCUCCUACAACUCCUACGUUGGCUCCUCCUAUGACAACACCGACUCUUUCCGCCAGCGGGCUGACACCUCCCGCUAACACAGCUAUCACCCCUCCUCCUCCACCACCCCCUCCCCCGCCACCUCUCCCACAAGCCACUCAGCCGGAGAGGGACAGCCGGAGAAAUGGAAGUGUCGGAGGAGGUGGAGGAGGCCGGCUGGGUCUGACAAAGGAGGUGCUAUCCGCCCACACCCAGCAGGAGGAGCAGGCGUUCCUUGACCGCUUCAAGGACCUCAGCAAGCUGCGCGUGUUCGAUCAGACGGCAUCUUCCACUGUGCGAUGCCACACCCAAGCUGCCAACCCUCUGUCACGAGGAGUGCGCUGUUCCCGUGACUACCCCGCUGCAGGAGGCAGCACCGGUCACAGACGUGGUCGGGGAGGAAAGAGACUCAAGCACCAGGAGUCAUCUGACCAGCACAGCUCUCUGGGCAUGAACGGGUGCUGCCGAGACCCCAGAACCAACACGGCCCCCAUGCCCCUAAACAUGCCUCUCGGACCCGCAACAAACUCCUCCUCCUGGCCCUCUGUAGGGUCCCAGGCCAGCAUUGCUGCUGCCCCUUUUGCUCCUGGUAUGCUUCCGAUUUACCCUGUGUACCCACCGCUCGCACAGCCGUUACCCAUCCCAGACCCAUCACGUUUCCCACCUACCCAGAUGGUUCCUCCCAUGAUGGCCCUCGUUCUGCCAAACUACAUUUUCCCCCAGAUGGGAGCACCCAUCGCUCAGCCAGGUGCCACCCCCGGACACUUCUACAAUCCUAACUUCCCGUACCCCGGCGCCACCCCAGCCCCUGUCCCGACUGUUGUCUCCAACUCCAUGCCCGUCCCUGGCACCUGCGCCCAGUCUCGUAGCAGCACCCCGCAGUCCUACAGUCAGACACCUGCAGACCGUGAGGGUGCAGAGUCCCCCCUCUUCCAGUCCCGAUGCUCCUCCCCCCUCAACUUGCUGCAGCUGGAGGAAUCACCAAGCAACCGGUUAGAGGUUGCCACGGCGCUGGCGGCAUCACAGCAAGCCACACCUUCUGUGCAGGGUGGUGCAGCCGGGGGACAGAGCUCAGCCAAUCAGAGGAGCCCUGAUGAUACCUCCAAGGAGAAUGAGAAUGCUGAAACUAAUGAAUCCAACAAUGAUGCGAUGUCCACGUCCAGCGACCUGCUGGACCUGUUGCUGCAGGAGGACUCCCGCUCAGGCACCGGCUCAGCCGCUUCCGGUUCAGGCUUCUCUGGGACAAGGUCCUCGGGUUCAGGCUCCGGCUCCAAUGGCUGCAGUUCCUCUGGUACCAGUGGCACAAGCAGCAGUCAGGGCAGCCACACCAGCAAGUACUUUGGCAGCAUCGACUCAUCGGAGAAUGACCACUCCCGCAAACAGCCAGCAGGGGGCAGCAGCAGCGCCGGGGGAGACGGCGGGGAGGAGCAGUUCAUCAAGUGUGUCCUACAGGACCCCAUCUGGCUACUGAUGGCCAACACAGACGACAAGGUCAUGAUGACCUACCAGCUGCCCGUCAGGGACAUGGAGACGGUGCUGCGAGAGGACCGCGAGGCCUUGAGGAGCAUGCAGAAACAUCAGCCACGCUUCACAGAGGAUCAGAAGAGGGAGCUGAGCCAGGUUCACCCCUGGAUCCGUACAGGACGGCUGCCACGAGCCAUCAAUAUUUCUGGCUGUGCAGGCUGCAAGUCUCCCCCCUCUGUGCCUCCGGUCGCCCCGUUCGACGUGGAGAUCCAUGAGAUGGAGCUGUGCAGCGUGCUGAAGGCUCAGGAGGAGGGCGCCAGCAGGAGCAAGAAAAAUAUUGCAGAAAAUGCCAUGGAUGAAGCUCCGGAGGACGAAGAGGAAGAGGUGGAGGAGAAAGGAACCAAAACACAAGAUGGCAACCAAGACAUGACAGCAGAGGAGCGGAGGGUGACCUCAGAAGCUGCGGAGGAAAAGGCAGAGGCUCAGCUGCCUGAGUCUGACAUGACUCACUGAGUAGGUGGCCAAAGAUAAAGAACAUUAUCAUGACCUUUCUUUGCUGAUAUGCAGAAAAUGUGCACCUUCCAGCACUUUGUGGCCAUAACAUCAUUACACGGGGUGUUAAGUGUUAAAAGUGGCUCUGCUGGGACCUUUAAAAAAAGGUGCAUAUUGAUCCAGACAACUGCCAUUUAUUGUUUGAUAGGUCAGGCAGGACACUUGGCCAAGUUAAUUCUUCGUCGAGUCUGACUUUGAUGACAGCACACCAGGCAUGUUGUACGACUGCAUAUUAAACACCUUGGAAAUCACAAGACGUGCACACACACACACAAACACACUCAGUUUUAGAGAGUGAAAUCGAUUUUUUUUCUCUCUCUCUAGGCUGUUCUCAUAGUUCUUAGUAUAUUUAUUUAAGUUGUAAAAUAAUCAGAGAGGACUAAGGUGAAUGUGUUACAAAGAAAAAGACGCCUUGACAUAAAGAUGGAUGUGCUUCACCACAGUGUCCUCCUUGAUGUUUUCAUCUCUCCUGUUCAGGGUUCUGCUCACGAGGAAAGAAGGGAGUUUACCUGUGACUUUUCUUCUUGUGGAAUGUUUCCCAGGUUUUCUGGGAUCCUGCUCCCACUUAGAUCCUGAUUUUAUUUUUAUUUUUAUUUUUUUUUAUGUAAAAUUAUUUCCCCAGUUAAGAAACAGCAACUUUAACCUAAUAGAGAAAAUGUACAGUGAGAAACAGGUUAUUUUGUAAACAUUGUGUAUAUUUUUAUACUUUCAUCCACUGCAAAUAGAGAGGAUAAUUGCCCAAAAGAGCGUCUGUACUGUUUAAAAAGAAAAAAAAGAAGCUAUAUAUGAAUUCCAGGAUUCAAAAUCGUAUCCUUUCGAUCAUUUUAGAGGCAGAAAAAUGACAAAACACACACAAAAAAA